AAAAGUUGUUCUAACGACGAAAUACGCAGUGACAUCAACGAAUCUGAAGAGCCACUAGACCGAUCUUCUAGAUUUCGGAGGUCAUUGCAGUUUGCGCAGUCCAAAAACAUCGAUUCAAAUCACAAAAUCGCCGGUGAACUAGAGGACGUAUUGAAAAAAGUUCUGGGAAAAAAAUUACAGGCGGUCGRUGGGGAUAUUGUAGACGAUUAUUCAUUGAUUAAACCUGUAUCUCCGUUAAAAAAACCUACUUUCAUCACGGUUGAGAGCCUCAAGAAAACAAAAAACAACUUGCGACACUUAAACGAAGACAAGGAUAAAGAAGACGAUGGAAUAGAGACGGACGUGAAACCCACUGGAGACUCAAGAAGCUUAGACUACAGGGGUUCGGCACUGACUAGGACCGAAGAGUGGUACAACAGACGCAAAUCUUACGGAUUCGAGAAAGUGACAACAUCAGAUCACAGCGGCAAGUACACUACAGAUCCAUCGGCAAUGGAUUCAUCGACAGACAGUGGUAUUUGCCGUUCAACCGAAAACGGACUAUCGAACUCGAGCAGGCAGUCGUCAGUCGAUCGUGAGUCUAUCGCCGAUCUAGUCAAAAAGUAUUCCAACAAGGAGAUCAACAACAACACUCAGGUUCACGCAUACAACACGACCGUAGUCGCYAAAGGAAAGAUACUUGAAGCCAUUAAUAGCUUAAGGUCCAAAUCGAGUGCUUAUUUCGACGUUGUCAAGCCUAGCGACACCAUUUCGGAGUCCACAGAAAACGACGAGAGUGAAAAAGAACAGGUGCACGCUAGACGACUGUCGGUUGGUAUGGAUAUGGCGAUGGAUAAAAAUGUUGAUAGAGAUGAAGUACCAAAACGUCAUUCGAUAGCAGUAGUAAGCGAAGUGGCAGACAAGGAACCCAGCAUUGAUAAGAAAAAUGGCAACAAGAAAGUAGAAUUUUGUAGGACCGAGGUACACUUCGAUGCUACUCCGGGUAAGAUAAACAUCGUGGACAUGGAAGACAAACCAGCCCCAGCACAACUGUAUCGACCUAAAAAGAGGUACAACCGUCCACCUGAGAAGAGCRGCCACGGGCUUCCGGAAUAUCGGUUUGGGGAUGACGUUCAAAGUGACGUCGUCUUGCAGAUCAAUGGAACCGGAAAUCAAAACGGYGGCAACGAGUGUCCGACGACGGAAGACGAGACCACAGACACAGGCAAUAGCAUGCCAAAAAGCAUACUGAAACGGCAACAGCUGCAGCAACUGCAACAGMCACCGCAGCACCAACAGCAACCGCAUCACCAACAACAGGUGCAGCACCAACAACAACAACAACAACAGCAGCAGAAUACCGCGGAUAAUUCCGGUGGAGUUGCGUCCGAUAACGGCAUCGAAGUGAGGAUCUCUUCGACGGAAUCUACGCCCGUAGACUGUAGACGAGCGUCCUGGUCCGUGGCCGACAGGGUGAAACAGGUGGAGGCCGUAGGGUUCUCGACCCGAGUGAACUUCACCGAGGGCGAGACGACGGCCGUGGGCUUCGACCCUGCUGAUCCCAGAAAACAUCGGUACUCGUACAACGGGUCGGCCUCUCCGGUUUGGUACCAAAAUAACGGCAACAAUCCAUCGGCCACCGCAGAUACUUCGGCGAAGUGCCACGAGAAACUGUUGGUGCGAAUCGGCGGCGGUGUUGGCCACGCAACCAGCAAAUCGGCCGCCGCCGACCUGUGCGCGUUCUCCCGGUGCUUCAGCGACCAGACGACGGGCGAUCACCUUCCGCUGUCGUCCGCGUCGCUGGUGAUGAACACCAAGUUCCGGACGACGGAACAGCCCAGCACGUACCUGGAAGAGAUGAACACCAAGAURCUGGGCCGAUUCCAGAAGGCCGUCAGCACGUCGUGGCCAAGGUGUGGCCACAAGACCUACCCGGCGCCGGCCACUAGAAAGCACAACGUGCUGAAGAGCUGCGCGGACAUUAAGCGCGACAGGGCCACCACGAAAUGCAUGCCGGAUGUCAUCGGCGCACUGGACGAUCUGAGCAAGAGCAUAGACGCGCAGAUCGUGGACCACACCGCCCACCGGCAUCACGUGACGCUCAUCAAAGUGCGUCAGCCGUGUGACGAAAUCCACGGCCGGCUGGAGUACGCCAAAGAUCUCAUGAGCACGGACGAGACUAGUGAGGAGAGUUUAAAGGCUGACGAGGAAGUGAGGUCGUACAUGGCCGCCGACUGCAUUAACGAAGACGACCGGCUACCGGACUGCAAUAAUCUCAAAAAGCUCAUAUCUACUGUAAAAAAAAAUAUCAAACAAUCACAAUGUUCUCAAGAAAAUCUUCUAAAAAAAAUGGAUGUUAAAACGUACGAAUCGACAUUGGUGGUGCCAAAUGUCACUUCGGUUUUGUUGAACCACGAGAAACAGUUGGAACCCGAACGGUCUCAGUUCCAACCGGUGAGCGUGCAAACCUCGCAAGUGACACACGUUGUAAAUCACCAGUUUGAAGACUCGCUCCAAAAACAGCCWAGCAAACGUGUGCCGGUAAAAAUCGUACAAGACAAUCGCAAGAGCAAACCAAAAACGGAGGCACCUGUUACCAAAACGUGUGCCACCGUUUCUUUGAAACAGGUUCCUAUGACGGUGCAACCGAAACCGGUGCAGUGUAACGAGAGUAAAAAAAAACCCACCGAAAAGAAGGAGUCGAUAUACGGCAACAUCGGGUACCGCGCCAACAGUCUCAGGAUCAAGGACAAGCCGGCCGCCAGCAAACAGGCGCAGGACUUGUUCAGCACGGGCCGGGAUAGCUGGCUGAACAUGCCCAAAGACCUGGGUCCCAAGCUCAACAAGUCCAAAGCGACCACUUACAAAUGUCGCGUCAGCCGGAAGGAGACGGCGGACUCGGAGGUUUCGGUGUUGGAAGAACUAAAUCGUGCCGCUGACGAGAUACUGAAAGCCGUCAAUGGGUACACCGACGACGAGUCGCAACCCCCGAACGACGCCUGCGACAACAGGCCGAGGACAAAACCAGAUCACUCUGAAGCGAAGCUCAAAAACAAAAAGAAAGCCGCUCGACUUUUGCAGCGGGCCAACAGCAGGGAAGCACUGUUGCACCUGGACGAGGUCAGUUCUUCGGACGAAGACGCCGCGGACGAAGUUCAAAGAGUCAAACCGAAAAUGCAAAGGAAAACUAAGAGCCAGCCACAGGCCAACUCCAACAGUGUCGCCACUAAGACCACAGCUAGUUUUACGAAAAAAAUCCAAAGUCGUGCACAGAACGUAACGAAAACUAAUGUGCAGCACAAAGUUCAUCCGACGUAUUACGGAAACGUGUCAAGUUGUACGCAAACGCCGAUAAAGUUCCGCAACAAGCCUUCGGAGACUUUGACGAAACAAAUCGUCGUCGAUCAAAAGRGUACGAAAGGAAGGUACCAGUGCAAGAUAACAACAAAAACUUUUAAUUCCAAGUAGGUAAAUUACUUUUGCUUGGUCAUUUGGCGAACCACUAAAUAAAGCAACCGAAACCGUUCUAUUUAAAUGGCAUCGAUGUUUUAACUUGUUCUGCUAAAAACUCAAAGGUUCAGUCGARGAGAACAAGAACUCUCUCAAAGGAUGUUAAAUAUGAUAUUAAUUAUUAUUACAUUAAUAUGUUAGAAUAAGAACUUUUUGUUAAACAAUUUAAACAAUUAUAAAUCUAACUUAACAAAAUAUUUAAAUAUUAUACUUCGACCAUUAAUGUUACGCGUUGGCAUGCGGUCCUAACUAGAAAUAUUAAUUUAUAUAUCAACAAUAAUUGUUUGUAAAAUAAAAAAAAAUACUGAAAAAAUUAGGUGAAAUAAUUUUACAUUAGUUUACAUGUUUUUUUUAUAUAUAAAUAUAUAUUAUAUUUACUAGUGUCUCGUUUAGUCUUUCAUCGUGUAUUACUACCUACUAUAUAUUAUUAACCUUAUAUUAUUGUCGAACGAACGUUGACGUAAAAAUAAGGUUGUUACGCCUAAUAUGUUAAAAACAAAAGAAUAUAUACUUACUUAAUAUGUAUAAAUUCAAAAUAAUAAUAAAUUGUGAUUUA